AUGUUCUCCCGCAACGUUGCCCGCUUCUCUCAGCGUGCCUCGCAGCAGGCCCGCCAGGCCCCGGUCCGCCAGACCGUCCAGCGCCGCUUCGCCUCGUCCGAGACCCAGCCCUCGUGGAUCGUCGACAACGAGUUCAACCGUGAGCGCUCUGCUGUCAAGCACCACGCCGCCGCCACCAGUGACCUCUGGCGCAAGCUGUCGAUCUUCGCUGUUAUCCCCUGCCUGAUUGGUGGCGGUCUCAACGCCUACAACCUCUGGAGCGAGCACUGGGAGCACUGGGAGCACAUGCCCCCUCUCGAGGAGCGCACCGAGUACCCCUACCAGAACAUCCGCUCCAAGAACUACCCGUGGCGCGGCGGUGACAAGACCCUCUUCUGGAACGACUCUGUCAACUACCACAACCCCGACAAGGCUACCUAA